AUGGGAUAUGGAUGCCCUUACUGUUACAGUUACUCUAGUGUUAUUCUUCAUUAUGGUAGAUACAAUUAUGCAACUGACCUUGGGAGGGGCCAGAAGACAGGCAUAUGUUGGACAGAUAAGAAGACACUAGGAGAUCUGGACUUCGCGGGCGAUUUACGUCUGACGUCACCUAUGCACACACACACACACACUCGAAGAUUUACAAGCGGAAACCAACAAGUUGCUGGAUGAAGCAGAAAAGACAGAAUUCCAAGUAAAAACAGAGGUGAUGAAGAUACCGAAGCCAACACUAAAACCAAACACCAGUUACCACCAACCGGAGAAAUGUGAAGGUGGUCAUAUGCCAGGCUCUCAAGUGGAACCUGACUGGGAAACGACGAGCUAGAAGUCGUUGUUAUACCCAAAUAAGGAGCGGACAUCUGAGACACUGCAUAAGCAGGAUUCUCAAUAAAGCAGGAAUCAGAGUGGCGUUUAAACCUACACACUCACUCAGGGAUAAGCUCUGUAGGUUAAAGGACACUGUAGGUUGACCUAAUUAGACAAAAUAAUAUUAUUUACAAAAUACCUUGCAAUGAC